UACAGUGGAAUGGACCCAUGGCAAAUUACACUAGAGUCCCGUUAUAGCGAGGUGUCACGGUUCCAGGUUUGAUCCUCGCUAUAACCGUGUCCUCGCUAUAACCGAAUUGCACAAAUUUUGGCCCCCAAAAAAUAAAAAUGAACCGAAAAUAGCAUAAAAAUUGUGUUUAAACCUGUAUAAUUGGGAAAUAACUGGUUAUAUUAACGAAAUAUUAAUUUCUGUGGCGUCAAAAUAACCAGAAUACCCUACCACGCCACGUAAGUACAGCAUCUCAGCCCGCAAUCGAUUACUCGGCUUGGCCCGCGGCUGACGCAGCAUUGUCCUGCUAUCUAUUGUCGAUGCGGGCUGUCUGCUGGCGGCCAUGUUGGUUCGGGAUGUGCUAACAGGUGGUGCUAGUGUAGCGCGACGAUUUAAUUCCUUACAAAAAAGCAGGAGUGCGGAAAUGCACGUACGCCUGAAACGAAAUAGUCGCUGGAAAACUAUACUUUUUUUCAUUUAAAGAAACCUGUAAACUUUUUUAGAAAAUAAAUUUGGGAUUAAACUCAAACCAUCACCACCCCUUUUCCGGACAAAUACAGUAAGUCCUCGGUUUACGUCGGGGUUACGUUCCUGAAAACCGCGACGUAAAUAGAAACGACGCAAAAUGAGCCAUGUUUCAUGCCACCGGCCGACCACGGCCCAACGUCGGCCGGAAGCGCUGGCAUACAGACGUGACAACGGGCAAUUUUAUCAGCAAAUGACAACCGACAGCGUGGGAAACAAGUCCAACUAGUACUUCUCAGCUUUAUAGAAUGGUUAUUUAACCAGCUGAUUUAUUAACUUUAUUGAUUGAAAUAUAAAAACAGAUAUAUAGUCGUUUGGAAGACAUCUUAUGAAGAAAAAAUCAUAAAUUGCAGUGAGCUGAUACUAUAUGCCUACUACAAACGCAUUUAAUUAGGGGUGUGCGAAUACUCGAAAUUGCAAACAUUCGUGCGAAUCGAAUAUUUGAUUCGAUUCACAUUCGAAACCAAAUUAGGUAUUUGAAAAUUUCAAAUAUUCGAAAGUUUUCGAAUGUAUUAAAAUAUUACUUUUGUUUGACAAAACGUGUGAUACAAUAAUAUGUCGAACCUCGAGAAAUCAUUUUCCGAGAGACUUAAUGGAAGAAAAAAAAACUGUAAGCGGACCUUUACUUACAUAAAAUUUUAGGUUAGGUAAAUGGGCAUACUGAGAACAGUUAAAGCCAAUGUAGCGUGAAAAUUAUCAUAAAUGCUUACGAUUUUACUGCAAACUUUACGUGAUGUGUAGCAUAAUUAUUUUAUUAUAUCCAGUUGCUAAUACAAAUCUAGAGAAUUUUUUUUAACGAUAGAAAAGUAAGCACAGCGGCCAUCAUGGCUACAGCGUGUCCGUUUGUGGUUAUGGCCACCAGAGCGGCCUAUGGCCAGAGACUUGUGUUGCUAGAAUUGCUCCAGCGCAAUUGCUUUUUAAACUACCGAAAAUGUUACGUAAAUAAUUAGAUAAAAUUAAAAAGACAAGAUAAAGAAAAUUCAUUAAAAAUUAUUUUGCCUUGACACGUUUGAUUCCAAAAGACUGAAAACCGAAUAUUGACCAUGCUUACUUGCAGUUGUAAAAAAACAACUCUUCGAUAUAUCGAUUGUUAAUCGCUUGAAUAUUUAUUGCGGAGAAUAAAACUGAUACUUAGAAGAUCUGUUUACUUUCAUAAACUUUCUUUGCCGUUUUUAAUUUUCAGAAGAAGUGAAGUUCUGGACGUAAUUUUUUGAUUCCUGCAUUACGAUAUUCGUGUUUCCGCUGGUUUAAAUUCAAAAUACAACUGGUACAAUGAAUAACGACGACGAAGAUGUUGAUACUAAUACAGCACUGACACGCAAAAGAAGUGUUAUAUGGUCUAAUUUCUCACAAUCAGAAGAUAAGACAUUUGCAAAAUGCAAAUUAUGUAAGAAGGACUAUAAAACUAAACGAGGUACUACAACACCUCUUAUAAACCACAUCAAGUCCACCCACCCCAUUGAAUGGAAGACCUACUGUUCUGAAAUGGCCAGCCUGCAACAGCAGGCUCCUCCUGUCAAGAUCAGCAAAACUUCACAGCUCAGUAUUGAUGCUGCUUUCAAUAAGCAGUACAAGCUGCUUUCAAUAAGCAGUACAAGUGGGCACCCAACCACAGUGCAGCACAGAAAAUUACAAAGCAGAUUGCAAGAAUGCUUGCUACAGAUCUUUUACCGUACAGUUUUGUAGAAGGAGAUGGCUUCAGAAAUUUGAUGAAGGAAGUAGCUCCUCAGUAUCAAAUUCCUGCUAGAACAACAUUUUCCACCAACUAUGUAACAAAAUUGCAACAAGAGGUAAGGUCUCAACUGAAAGCUGAAUUUGUGCAUGACAUGACAAGUAUGUCCAGUUUGUCACUUACAACUGAUGCUUGGACAUCCAAGGCUGGAGAUAGCUAUGUAAGCAUCACUGCCCAUUACCUCACUUCAGAUUUUUCAUACAAAUCAUUCCUGAUGGACAUAAUCAACAUGAACACAUCACACACAGGUCAGAAAAUUGCUGAAGAGUUGAGUUUGUCAGUGAAUUCCUGGGGAAUAACCGUAACAGAAACAACUAUUCCAAUAUACUGUGUGACAGAUAACGGAGCAAACUUCCAGCUUGCUUCACGACUUCUGUUUGGGGAUAAAGCCCGUGUUUGCUUUGCACACUCUCUACAGUUGUCUAUAGAUCACACCUACCACGAAUGUCAUGGAGCAUCAAAUCUCUUGGCAAAAGCAAGACAGGUGGUUGGUCAUUAUCGACGCAGCAGCAAAGCCAGGGAAAGCCUUCACAGCCAGAUGGAACAAAUGGGUCAACCUGUUUUGGAAAUGAUACAACAUGUUGACACUAGGUGGUCGUCAGAUUAUUCUAUGUUAGAGAGGCUUCUUCAAAUAAAAGCACCACUGGUUGCAGACCAAAUAAACACUGAUAGCACAGAAAUGUUAACUAGCUCGGAAUGGAAGCAGAUGGCUGGAAUAGUGGCCAUUCUUAAGCCUCUUGCUGAUGCCACUCGAGAAAUAAGUGGCAAUUUAUAUCCAACAUCUUCCAUGGUUAUUCCUAUGUUAAAAUGUCUGCACAGUCACCUUAAUGAUUACAUUGAUAAAAAGGCUGAUGGAGUUAUUUUUGCGAAAUGUCUUUCAAAACAUCUUUUGGCACAAUUUCCAAAUUACAUAGAAGACAAAGUAUUUCUCGUAGCAAUGAUUGUUGACCCUAGGUACAAAGAUGCAUUUGUUAGCAAGAUUGUUGCACAAGCCACACUCAAAGCGCACAUCAAACACAUUGCAAGAUGUGAACAACAUACUACACACAAUCAGAAGUUGGGUGACCCCACCACCUCCGCCAGUACAUCAGGACUUUGGUCAGCACUUGACAAACUUCCCAACGAAGAUUUACAAGACAGUGACUGUGCUCAAGAAAUUCAAACAUAUUUGACAGAGAAACGUAUCCACCGAACAAGUGACCCGUGGAAAUGGUGGGAAAACUUUGGUAAAACAAAGUUUCCAAACAUAGCGAAUGUUGCUUUGAUGUACCUGAGUAUACCUGCAACUCAGGUUGCUUCAGAACGUUGUUUUUCUGCUUCUGGGAACAUUGUCACUUUCAAGAGGCAAUGCCUGGAUCCAGAACAUGUGAAGGAAUUGGUCUUUUUGCACUGCAAUUUACAUAAUGUUGAUGGCAAGGUGUAGGCUUGGCUUUUGAUAAAGACAUUUCUAUAUCA